AUGCCACCAUCCAGAUAUCGGUUGGCACCAGUGAAUCAGAAAAGCGGUCCAUCACAUCCUUUACAAUCUAUGAAGCACCCUAUUCCAGCAUACCUAUUCAACCCAUUAAUCAUCAUCGCCCACUUGGUGUCUUUAUGUGGUACAUUGCCAUGGCUAGUCAUCGCUAUCAAGGAAUCUUAUGAGUUGUUGUCCGCGUGGGAUCAAUACCAAUCCUCCUAUGCCACCAUGGUCGGUUCGAGUUCUACCCAAAUCCUCAAAUUUGAAAGUCAGCUUCAGGCUCUACUUGCUUUGAAAAAGAUGAUACAGUCUGUGGAAACGGUUCAAAAAAACGUGAAGAAUGUGUGCACGUUAUUGCUGGUUAUAACUCUAGUCCAGCUCAUCGCUUUGGUUUGGUGCUCGUAUCGGAUUCUCGGGGCUCUUUACUUUCAAGCGGGAGUUUUACGGAAAGCAGCAUCGAGGCAAAUAAACUUGCAGUACGAGCCUAAACAGAUCGAAUUCGGAUUCUGCCAGCCAUCAGACCCUUCAAGCCUGAAUAAAAUCGCAUCGGCUCCACAAGCCCUCUCAAGGUCUGGAUCCAUGCAUUCCUCGGCUAAGACAAUCUUCACGCUCCACUGGAAAGAUUUCCUACCAAGCCUUGAAAGAGGAAACAAAGUUUCGGCUCACGUUUGGAGAUCGGAACCUUUCCAGAGAACCCAAGAACAAAUCGUUGGUGAUGGAAUAAAAGACAUAUCGGCUUUCUAUUGGAAAUUGAGACGGUAUGCCAUGCACACAUUGUGGCACAUAGUCUUGGCCGCACUUGUUAAGUCGUCUUACAUAGCCCUAUGUAUUUCAUUAGCUUCAGGGGCCUUUGAUGGUCUAACGCUAUCGGACUUCGAGGUUGCAGUAUUUCAAUGGGUCAACAUCACUUGGAACUGUGGGGUAGGAUUUCUCCUAGGUCUCUUUUCGUGCAUUGAUGUAUUUACACCAACUCCGACACUUCCCCGCGAACCAGACCCAUGGGAAGGAGAGGUUGAUCUCAGCGAAGAAAUUCUUAGAUGAUUGGUCCCAACACUGCUUUCCUAAUUUCUACUUUCAACACGGAUAGGGUUUCUGUUUACAUUUUUCACCCACUGUACAAAAUUUCAGUUUGGCACCGAAGCAUCAGAUUUCUUCCUUGAUUUCCAUGAAUCUUAUCCCAAAUGUGGCAUUGGAUUUUCAAUAUUUGUAUACAUAAAAAACCUCUCCUCAUUCAAGCCCC